CAGCCAGCGAGUCCUGCCGCAAGGAUGCCCGUUAACGCUGCCCCGCCGCCGGAUAUAACACUAGACACUAGAGCAGGGAAAGUGCCACUACACGUCGUGCCGUCGUACUCGUCUCGCAUUGUGCCACAUUUAAAAAUGAAAACAGACGAACAGUGAAGUGGAAGUGGAGAAGUGGUAGUGGCAGUCCCGAGAAGUGAAGACGCGCCACAAGCCGUUUAAUAACUAAAUCCCACGGAGCCAUCGUUGGUCACGUUCCUCAUCCGAGACAGGAUACACAAAAUGAGACUGACUGCGCGUGUAUUUUCUGUGACUGUGUGUGUGCUCCAGUGAACAGUGUGUGUGUGUGUAUGUGUGUACCUAUAGGGCUGCCUCUGGCUGCCACCUAAUGUGGCAACAGCCUGACACACACAUCGGCGAAUAUAAUAACACAAAGCCCUCGUCCUCAUCGUCUGUGGCCCUGCUGUCAUCGUGUGCGUGACGUGUCCGUGUGUCCUCAUCCGUCUCUGUGUCCGUGCCCGUGUCCGUGUCCGCAUCCGUGUCCGUUAAACGGAAAUAUUUUCGAAAUCCGCGUUAUUAACCCGCGUGAACACAGAAGCAUACAAAAGCCAGACCGAAACCAAAAUAAACCUAGGAACGGCUUGCACAAAGGAAGCCAAGCCCGAGACAUUGUCAACUGGAUUGAUUGGUGGAUUGUGGAAUUGUGUGUGGCCUUUAGCCAUUGUCGAAUGUCCUGGCGGACGGACUGCCUGACUGCCUGACUGACUGACUGAAAGGCUGACUGAAUUCCAUUGAACUGUUGAAUGAGCAAGCAAUGCGAGCCCAACCGCCUAAUUACGGCGCAUUGCGCAAUCGAAUGUCAAAGUCAGGACGUGUAGCCUAAAAAGGCAACCUCAAGGAUUUAUUCUCGCUAACAAGCAUAGGAGCAAGUAAGCGCAGCGGGUGCCGAGAGCAAGGAUAUCUGUGGGGCGAAGGAGGGAAGGACGAUGGCAGGAGGCUUGUGUCAUUUGGAAGUCAACGACGAGACCCAUUAUUAAACCUUAAACCGUGAACGGAGCAAACACAACGAUACGACCCGCAGACGACCCGGAGCGGCGUGGAGCCACAGGAUACGAACACAUCAGCAGUUGCUCCGAGUCCGAGUUCCGAGACCAUAAAACAUGUGGACAGCGGCCUGCCCGAGAGCUCUGAAAGCGAUUUGCCUGGUGCCGCUUGGGCUGCUCCUGCUCCUUGAUUGCGGCCUGGUCAGCGGCGAGGUGCCGCCGCAUUACUGGGAGACCCCCUACUCGCAGCCGUACUUCGACAACUCCUCCCGCCGCGAGGUCACAGCCACCGUGGGCCAGGCGGCCCUGCUGCACUGCCGGGUCCGGAAUCUGGGCGAUCGAGCGGUGUCCUGGAUCCGGAAGAGGGACCUGCACAUCCUUACAGUGGGCAUACUCACCUACACGAACGACCAGCGCUUCCAGUCCCUGCACUCCGAGGGAUCCGACGAGUGGACCCUCCGCAUCUCGUCCCCCCAGCCGAGGGACUCGGGCACCUACGAGUGUCAGGUGUCCACCGAGCCAAAGAUCAGCCAGGGCUUUCGCCUCAACGUCGUGGUGUCCCGGGCCAAGAUCCUGGGCAACGCGGAGCUCUUCAUCAAGAGCGGCAGCGACAUCAAUCUCACCUGCCUGGCGGUGCAGUCGCCGGUGCCCCCGUCGUUCAUCUACUGGUACAAGGGCAAGCGGGUAAUGAAUUACUCGCAGCGCGGUGGCAUCAACGUCAUCACGGAGCGCUCCACUCGCACCAGCAAGCUGCUCAUCGCCAAGGCGACGCCGUCGGACUCAGGCAACUACACCUGUUCCCCCAGCAGCUCAGACUCCGCCUCGGUGGUGGUGCACGUCAUCAACGGUGAGCAUCCGGCCGCCAUGCAGCACGGCAACAGCAGCGCCAGCUGCCCCCGAUGCCUCCUGCCUGCCACGUCCGUGCCUUUCGCCAGUGCCACCGCGUUGCAGAUUGCCCUGACGGUGGCGGCUGUUGCCUGGAAUUUUAAUUGGAACGGGGACCGCUUGGACUGGAGCUGCGGCUGGAACUGCGACUGGAACUGGAGCUGGAGUCGGAGAUGGAGCUCUGUGCGGCGCUGCCUGGACCGAAACUGGAACACGGCCGGGGGCCUGCUGCACGUCUGGGGCUGGAGCUGAUGCAACAGUGGGUGCCACCAACGCUGAACGCUGAAGAUAAACGCCGAGCGACAGUUCCGGCCUAGUUGGGGCUGUUCCGCUCCACCCCCGCCUCCAGGAUGCAUUUAAUGCCAAAAGGGAGUCGCGUGGGCAGGCGAGAAGAGAAGCGGCCACUGAAACGGAGAGCGUCUUACGAACUAGUGUACAUAUACGGUGUGUCCUUUAAAGAGUAUUAUAUAAGAGGCAGUAUUAAAAGCAAACUUUUAGUCACGAUCCGCAAAACGAAAACAGCAAAAAUGAAAAAUGAAAAAAAAAUGAAAAUCAGUCAACAGAAAGAGUCCAGGCCAGCACUAUUCAUCCGCAGGAGUUGCAGGGAUCGUCCUGACCCUGUCAGCAGCUGCCUUCCCCACUUAGUUUUGUUGUCAUUGUAUUCGAAUUGAUUCGGUAUGGAAUUCAUUUCAUUUUCCACGGGGAUAUAAUCACCAUUUUCAGGCCAAAAGCCACAAUGUAUGGUUUACUGACUCAUUUCGGGUUAACAGAAGCAGAAAUGUCCGAUUGUAUAUAAAUCUAAACACAUAUAUUAGGCCUUCAACUGUUUAUUUAUUUAGUUUGUAUCGAAGUGGACAUCGUCAUCAUCCCAUAGACCCCAGCACGACAGGAUGGGACGGCGGGAGCUACAUAAUUAUAUUUAUAGAUAUAUAUGGAUGGUUAUUCAGUGUAUAGGGGUAAGUUUUUAUCUGGUUGUCAGCCGCAAAAUUGUUCUACGUAGUCCAUCAUCUAGUUACUGUGUAAAAUAUUCAUACUUGAUAAUUGUACAUUUAGAGCUCGGUUUUAAGCGGUCUUGAUAAGACUUUUAAGCAGUAAGAGCUCGACAGGGUUCUGAACUGAAGAAUAACGAGAAGAAAAUAGUAAAUGAAAUUACAGAAAUUAUUAAACUAAAACCAAAAAGAUACAGCUAACCUAAGCAGAGUCAAAAUAUGUUUUUCUGUUUAAGCAAAACUAAACGAACAAUGUUUCUCCAUAAUAAAUGAAAAUAUGGUUAUGGUUAAAAAAU